UUACAGAUCUGGGUUUUAAGACACACGCUCUGAACUCGCAACUUAAUCAAGGACUACUCAGAGCAACCAGAACUUCAUCGACUAAGGACUCUGCUUUCUUGAUACUCUCAGUAUGGAACUCACUCAAUCUGUCUUUGUGCUAAAGUUAUAUGCAGCCGUGGUCGCCGUUUUGUUAGUAGCCGAAGUUCACGCACAGCCUCAGAAGUUUAGUACAGAAAUUCAACAGACAGGUGACGAAAGCUCCACGGAUUUAAACCUGUUCAAGAUGGCCUUACGUGAGGCCUACAACCGUGAACUGGAGUUCUACGAACAGCAGGAAGCACAGAUCGUCAAACAGUUAGCUGCCCUUGAGAACGACCGGAACCAAAUUAGGGAACGGAAGAGGAGUCACAUCCGGUGCCUUGUCAACGUCAUAGCGUGCUAUCGCAAGAAGUGAAACUAGUCCUUAACGUGGAGACUGUGAUCGUGGUGUUCUUAUUGAUAUAAAAUAAAUAGUUUUGGGGUCGAAUUUCAAAUUCUGAAUCGAUUCUAUGUACGCUUACAACAUUGUUUAAACCAACUGCAAACUUUAACGUUGGCAGUGCCCUGGUAAAAAGAAAAUUUAUCACUUUAAAACCUCUCCAUUCUUAUUUUACAAAAACAUACGAUAUUUUUUUUUUCGAUUUCGGCAUUAACAAGUUGUCGGAUUUUUUAAAAUAAAGUUGUACACAAAAUG